AUGUUGGAGGAGAACGUCGACACCGAGCAUGAGGUCAGCGGUAAACCGGAUUACUCGCCGGUGUCGUGGCGGGAGUAUUUUGACCAGAUGGAGGACGUGAGCGUCGGACCGGCCGACAACAGCGACCUCUACCGGAUCUAUAAAGCGGGAAACGAUGGACCGCUGCUGGUUCUGCUGCAUGGAGGAGGACACUCGGCUCUGUCGUGGGCCGUCUUCACCACGGCGAUUUCCAACAGAGUGACCUGCAGGAUUCUUGCCAUGGACCUCCGGGGUCACGGUGACACCCAGGUCCACCAACCAGACGACUUCUCCACUCAAACCAUGUCCAGCGAUGUAGCCAAUGUGAUUGGAGCGUGCUACGGUCAGACUCCUCCCCCUAUCGUCCUGAUUGGCCACGGCGUUGGCGGCGCCAUCGCGGUGCACAUGGCCGGCACCACGCUGCUGCCGACCACUGUUGGCCUGGUGGCCAUCGACGUCGUAGAAGGCAGCGCGACGGAGGCUCUCCACAGCAUACAGAACUUCCUGAAGGGAAGACCCAAGUCCUUCAAGUCCAUGGACCACGCUAUAGAGUGGAGCGUCAAGAGCGGGCAAAUCAGUAACCUGGAAUCUGCCAGAGUCUCAAUGGUUGGUCAGGUCAAAAGAUGUAAGGUGGAGGAGGCCGACAGGCUGCAGAAGGCCGGCCCGGUGACCGACGUGGUCGUCGAGCCUAAUGAAGAGUUAUACGAUCAGAGUUACGACAAAGAAAAUGCUGCCACAGAGAGUGUGUACAUGUGGCGUAUAGAUCUGUCCAAGUCGGAAAAGGAUUGGGACGGCUGGUUUAGAGGAACCGCAAACCUCUUCCUGGCUUGCAACCUGCCAAAACUCCUGCUGUUGGCCGGAAUCAACCGGCUGGAUAGAGAGUUGACUAUCGGCCAGAUGCAAGGUGAGAUGCUGACUCAACACAUAAAGUGGUAG